GCCGUCGCGCCCACUCUCGGGCAGCCUGAUAUAUCAUGAGAUGCUACCAGUUAUGCCUGCUGGUAAGCUUGCACACUCAUCACGGGCUGCGCGUUCUUGAGCCUAGCAAUGGGCCACUCCUCACAGCACCGCUCGUCGCGCGGGCUGAUCGGCGGCUGUCCACCAACUUCGGGGAGGUCGCGAAGCUCGUGGCCAGCGACGCCGCGGCGGACGACCACUUCGGCCGCUCCGUGGCGAUUGACGGUGACACCAUCGUGAUUGGGGCCCACCAGUACUACAACAGCGGCCCGGGCGCAGCCUACGUCUUCCGCACGAGCGACGGCGGCGUCACGUACGGCCUGGUGGCCAAGCUGACGGCCUCCGACGCCGCGGAGAGUGACCAGUUCGGCUGGUCCGUGGCAAUUUCCGGCGACACAAUCGUGAUUGGAGCCCCCUACGACGACGACGACGGUACAGGCUCGGGCGCAGCCUACGUCUUCCGCACGACCGACGGCGGCGCCACGUACGCUCAGGUGGCCAAGCUGACGGCCUCCGACGCCGCGGAGAGUGACCAGUUCGGCUACUCCGUGGCGAUCGACGGCGGCACUAUUGUGGUCGGAGCCUAUGAAUGGAAUGGCCCGGGUUCGGCCUACGUCUUCCUCACGAGCGACGGCGGCGCCACGUACGUCGAACUGGCCAAGCUGACGGCUAGCGAUGCCGCGGAGGACGACUACUUCGGCAUUUCCGUGGCCAUUAACGGUGACACCAUCGUGGUCGGGGCCUACCAAUAUCACACCGGCCGAUCGGGCGCGGUCUACGUCUUCCGCACGACCGACGGCUGGAUCACGCACACGAAGAUCAAGCUGACGGCCUCCGACGCUGCGGCGUACGACAACUUCGGCUACUCCGUGGCAAUCGACGGCGGCACCGUCGUGGUCGGGGCCCGGCAAGACGACGACGCCGGCACCAGCUCGGGCUCGGCCUACGUCUUCCGCACAACCGACGGCGGCGCCACGUACGUCGAACUGGCCAAGCUGACGGCCAGCGACGCUGCGGCGUACGACUACUUCGGCCGCUCCGUGGCGAUUGACGGUGACACCAUCGUGAUUGGGGCCCACCAAUAUUACAACGACGGCUCGGGCGCGGCCUACGUCUACCGCACGAGCGACGGCGGCGCCACGUACGACCAGGUGGCCAAGCUGACGGCUUCCGACGCCGCGGCGGACGACGGCUUCGGCUUCGGCUUCUCCGUGGCGAUUGACGGCACCACCAUCGUGGUCGGGGCCGAACAAUACUACAGCAGCGGCUCGGGCGCGGCCUACGUCUUCGAUGCAAAUGCGCCAACAUCUCAGCCGGCGCCGGCGCCGACCUCCGGUGAGUUCUUGAAUCCGGUACCAACGGCCACACCGGCGCUGUCGCCGACGGCGGAGUCAGUCGUGAUUAAUUCUCAGCUGGUCCUUGCGGAAGUGACCGUGGAUGCCACGACGCUCGAGACCAUCGUCAAGACUGCGCUCGUCGCGACGCUCUCCUACGUCACGAGCACCGACCAAAUUGUGGCGUUUAGCGUCGUAUCGUCGCGACGACGGCGCCUGCAGCAGACCACGACCACGGUAGUGUUUUCCGUUCGCGUCGAGGGCAGCGCGGAGAUGGCAACGGGCUACGCCGAGGCGGUCGUCAGCGAUCUGUCGACCGCGGCCCAGAGCGGCGCCUUGUACACGGCGCUUGCCACCGCGGCCGACGCCGAGGGCGCCGUGGGGCCAACGGCGCCGGCGGCCGCGAAUGACUACGACACGAUCAUGGCAGCGACCGCGGUCGACGGCGCGCCGACGCCGAUGCCGGUGCCUCGACCAUCGUUACACCCGACAACUGCCCCGACGGCGACACCCGGCAACCCCACGGUCAAGACCGUCUCCGCACCGACGCCGCGCCCCACGUUCGCCAGCGCGCUCGCUACAACCGAGACAGCAGAGAGCUCCGGCGGCAGAAAAGACAACAGCGUGAUGGUCGCCGGUGGCGGUGCCGCCGCGGGCGCCGUGCUGCUGCUGGCCGCGGCUGCAUUUUUCUUCUACCGCCGCAGCAAAGGGUCCAAUACGAAACAGAUGACCCGCAGUGGCGUCGACGUGGAGCUCGGGGACGAGUCAGGCGAUGGCCGCUCCGCGAUGCUCGCCCGUCACAAGGACACGUCGACGGUCGUGCAGCACGGCCUCACGCUCGCGAACGCCCUGCUCUCCGCGGGUAGCGGUCUCCCUCUCGUCGGGGAGCUCUGCAGGGCCGUCAAAGGCUGCCUCGGUUCGGCGGUGGAGUUCGGCGACAUGGCGGAUGACGUCCUGAUUGCGGCGAAGCGCGUCUGCGACGUGCUCGACGCGGCCCACUUGAUGGCGAAGAAUGUCGCCCGCCUCGAGGACGAGAGGGCGCUCGUCGAGUCGAAGAUGCGACACCUCGUGAAUCUGCUCGUCGAGUUCAACGAUGCAAUGCGAACGUUUGGGAAGAAGGGCUGGCUCAAGCGCGCCUUCACGAUGCAAGGCCACGUCAGGUCGCUGGGCCGCCUCGACAAGGAGAUCUGUCAGGCCAUGGACUCGUUUCGCGAUUUAUACCGCCUCGCGGCGGACGCGCGACUCAUGGAACACACGUACCAGAUCGAGCGUUCUAUCGACCAGCUCGUCAAGGCGCGCGUUCGCGAGACCGGCGAAACCGCGGAAGCUGCGGCGCGGAGCCUCGCGGAGGAUCCCGUCGCGAUCACGUCCGUCGCCAUAGAAGCCCACGUGCCGGUCGACGAAUUGACGAGCGAGCUCGGCGAGUUCCGACUCGAAGUCAGGGAGGGCUUCGCCAAAGUGGACAAGCAACUGAAGAAAAUGCUACGAGAUCGGAGCAACGAACAGCAGCUCGCCACGAUACUCGCGGCCGUCCGCGCGAGCGCGCGUCGUGACGAGGAGCUGCUAGUCGCUGCAGAAGCGAGGGCGCAACGCACCACUGCGCAGCUCGACUAUGUCUCGGGGGCAGUCGCGUCGAGCACGCGGCGAGACGCGACGCUUUUGGCUGCGGUCCAGGCCGGGGCGCGACGCAACGAGAAAUUCAUCGUGGCCGCCGCACAGAGCGGCGAGCGGCGCAUCAACGCCGUCGAGGCGAGAGUGCAACGCGACGGCGCCAGGCUCGACAGCAUCAAGGAAGAGGUCGCUGCUCUCGGCGCGUCGAUGGCGAAAAAGACGCGGAAGGAGUCGGCUCGCUCUCUCAAACGAACCAACCUGGUCAGCCACGAGCUGACGCUCGACCGCGUCGCGGCAGAGCCGGUGGCGUGCGGCGCGCAAGGCGACGUGUAUCAAGGCGAGUACAUGGGCGAGGCCGUGGCCCUCAAGAAGAUAUCGCUGGCGUCGCUGACCGCGGUUAAGCGCCAGCAAAUGAUCUCCCAGUUCGCGCAGGAGCUUUCGAUCAUGAUCCGUCUCCGCUCGCCGCGGACGGUUGCGGUGCUGGGCGUCGUCACGACGGACUCUUCGUUCCUCGGCCUCGUCAUGGAAUUCAUGCCCGGUGGAUCCAUCCGUGAGGCACUCGACGGGACAGCGGAGGUGGGGGCCGAUCUGAAGUGCCUCUGGGCCGCAGAUGUCGCGCAGGGCAUGCAAUUCCUGUACUCGUGCGGCGUGCAGCAUCGAGACCUGAAGAGCCACAACUGCCUCCUGACCAAGGAAGCGAGGGCAAAAGUGUCGGAUUUUGGGCUCAGCCGCUGCGACGCGCUCAAGACGGCGACGACGCUGACCACAAAGAACGGCGACGGGCUCUCAGGGACACCGUCUUUCAUGGCUCCCGAGCUCCUCAAGGAUAACGUGUUCACGGAGAAGAGCGACGUCUACUCGUACGCCAUGGUGCUGUGGGAACUUUUCGACGGAGGCGUGCCCUGGGCGGGCCACAAGCCGCUCCAAAUUAGCUUCAAGGUCGUGUUCGAGCACGCGCGCCCGCCAGUGCCGCCGGCGAUGCCCGGACCGCUCGCCACCGUCAUGCGCCGGGCGUGGGCGAACGACGCCGCGACGCGGCCGACAUUCACGGAUAUCGUCCGGCACGUCCGGGCGGACCAGGCGAGCAACGACGAAAAUCGGGCGCUCGCGGCGUCGCGCCUCACCGCGGCGGCCGAGGAGCGGCGCCGCGCUGCAAGCCUCGCGGCUUCGCCGCCGCCGGCCCCGUCACGCGCGCGCCAAAUGGAGGCGGCUAGACGCCAAAGGUACGCGGAACCCGGCACGACGCCGCCCCGGCCAGCCGUCGAGUAACUUGUUGUACUUCUAGG